AUGAUCAUCGAGAAAGUCGGAUCAGGAGAGUUUCCUUGGCUAUCCGUCUACGAACACAUGGAAGAUCGCGAUACUUACAAUGCCUUGCAGUUCGCGGCAGCCGGGGGACAUCGUGAUGCCCUCACAACUCUGUUAGAGGCCACACCUUUGGCUGACAAGAUCACUGCUACCAGUCCAAGACUGGGCAGAACAUGCGCACACCUCGCUGCAAAGGCUGGUUCCUUGGAUUGUGUGAAAAUAUUGAUGAGAUACUCACAACCUCUGUUCAGUGUGAGAGACCAUUCAGGAAGAACUCCUCUGUUCUUGGCAAUCGUUGGCGGCAAUCAAGAAUUGAUUCAGUACAUGAAAGAUAAUUUGUUGGAUUAUGAUAAUCCGCAGGAUAUGGGUAUCAUCUUAUUGAACCCAGUUCCAGCCCGAAAUGACAACUACGACUCUGACAGUGACUCAUUGCCAGAGUCAUCUCACAGCGAAGCAACCCACGAGCAAAAGAUCUCUGAACCAAAACAAAUAGGCGCCAUGCUAGCAGAUGCGAUAGACCAUUAUCAACUAAGCCAAGACCCUCUGUUUAAGUCUAUCCUCGACCACACCUCAAGAAAGGACUUGGCCUCUGCCAUAAUGCCUUGUGGAGGCUGUACCCUUCUCAGUUACACGGCAGCAACCAACAAGAUCCGGCCUAUGCUAGAACUAGUGGAGUUGGGGUUUACUGGUUUCGUGGCUGGGUACGGCAGUAAUCAAUCUAAUGGUUUAACGACAUAUCACAAUGUGGCCAAACUCCUCAUCAGAAACGGAGCCGAUGUCAAUGCGCAAGACUUAGAACUUGUAACCCCCCUACACCAGGCUGCCCACUAUGGUCAAAUAGAUAUGGUGUUAACACUCUUGAGAGCGGGCGCCAACCCGAAUCUUUUGUGUGCCAAUGGCGCAUCAGCCCUGGGACAAUCUGUUGCCUACGGUGACUUCCGAGUCACUCGUUGUCUAUUGAGCAACGGCGCAAGCCCUAUGACAUCCUUCGACAUCACUUUCGAAACGGUUAAUGUCGAUGUGAAUAUCAUGCGCCAGUUAAUUGAGCUUGGAGCGGAUCCCUACGUAACAAGGCCAGGUACCGGAAGCACUCUCACAAAUGCAAUCUAUGAGAGUGCUGAGGGCAUGUCACUUGUACUGAAUGGAAACUUUGACUUCCAUCGACUUGCAGAACAGGAACCGCUCUUACUCAGCGAGAUUCUUGCUAAUAGGAAAUUAUCGUCCAUGGAGCUCAAAGCGAUCAUGAAGCGCAUGCCACAUGAGUAUCGUGCUCGCUUAGUGAACUUUGAACCGGAUGACAAAUACACUCCAUCAUUUUACAUUAUCCGCAAUGACGAUCCGAAACUCCUGCAGGUGUUACUUGAUAUGGGUCUGUAUAUUGAACACGAGUGGCAUGGGAAGGGAACACCAUUGAUGUUUGCUGCUAGCAUUGGAGCCUUCAAAUGCUUCAAGCUCCUUGUCCAUCACGGCGCAAGGUUGGCAUACCUCACAACCGGAAGACGAGGUGAAGUCAUUGCAAGAUCAAUCACCGAAGCAGCAAAGCUCCAUCCCCGCCUACUUCAAUGGGCCUUGGUUGACCGCCACUACGAGACAAAGUAUCUCACCCAAGCAGCACACAACGGCCCGUUUGUCCCUAUCAAACCAUGGUCCGGCGAACGAAGGGUGGGAUAUAGAGUUUCAGGCAGUGGUGAUGAGAUCCCCCAGCUGCCAACAGAGUCAAUGUUGGACUUGCUCCCCCGAAUUGCGAGGAUGAAGAGGGGUAUGAGAGGAAGAGUAUUAUUGCCUGUCGAACCUUGUGACCUUGCGCGGGGAUUUGAGCCGCGAUAG